AUGGCAGAGUCCGGGUCCCUGCCCGCCGGCUUCGGGGAGCUAGAGGUGCUGGCCGUGGGGACAGUGCUGCUGGUGGAAGCUCUCGCCGGUCUCAGCCUCAACAGCCUGACCAUCCUCUCUUUCUGCAAGACCCCGGAACUGCGGACUCCCAGCCACCUGCUGGUGCUGAGCUUGGCAGUGGCGGACAGCGGGCUCAGCCUGAAUGCUCUAGUUGCAGCCACUUCCAGCCUCCUCCGGCGCUGGCCCUACGGCUCGGAAGGCUGCCAGGCCCAUGGCUUCCAGGGCUUUGUGACGGCGCUGGCCAGCAUCUGCAGCAGCGCGGCCAUCGCCUGGGGACGUUAUCACCACUACUGCACCCGCAGCCGACUGGCGUGGAACACGGCCGUCUUCUUGGUGUUCUUCGUGUGGCUGUCUUCUGCCUUCUGGGCGGCCCUGCCCCUCUUGGGCUGGGGCCACUAUGACUAUGAGCCGCUGGGGACGUGCUGCACCCUGGACUAUUCCAAGGGGGACAGGAACUUCACCAGCUUCCUCCUCACCAUGGCCUUUUUCAACCUCCUCCUGCCCCUCCUCAUCACACUCACAUCCUACCGGCUCAUGGAGCAGAAGCUCGGGAAGACCGGCCAGCUCCAGGUGAACACCACGCUGCCAGCCAGGACCCUGCUGCUCUGCUGGGGCCCCUAUGCCGUCCUGUAUCUGUACGCGACCGUCGCAGAUGCCACCUCCAUCUCCCCCAAGCUUCGGAUGGUACCGGCCCUCGUCGCCAAGACGGUGCCCACGAUCAAUGCCGUCAACUACGCCCUCGGCAGUGAGAUGCUCCACAGGGGGAUCUGGCAGUGCCUCUCGCCACAGAAAAGUGAGCGGGACCGAGCCCAGUGA